GGGAAUUGUGCCCAGAAUCGACAAAUCACAAGCAGGCUCUUAUCAGCCUCGGCCCCGACCAGCCCAGCCUUCAACGGUCGCAUGCCCUGGGCCAGAUUUCCAAGGUUCCAGCUUUUGUCUCGCUCAGCAACGCCUUUCAUUCUUCACGUAACCCUUGGAAAGAGUGCUCAAGAUGGCCUACCUGACAGCAGCUGAGGUUGUCGCCCACCCAGCCUACAAACACCUUGACUGGAAACUGUCACCAACAACUGCUGGCACAGCGCUCGUCGCUCAGAAGCGCCGCGCCGGCCCUAUCAAUCUGUACUACCAGAUCCAUGGCCACGGUCCUAUAAAACUUGUGUUCAUCAUGGGCCUGAUGGCCGCCCACAGCGACUGGAAGCGCCAAGUCAAGUUCUUCGGCCACGACCACGCCGACAAGUACUCUGUGCUGGUCUUUGACAACCGCGGCGUCGGCAAAUCCGACAAGCCGAUCUCGUACUAUUCGACAUCAGAGAUGGCACAAGAUGUCAUCGACCUCCUCACAAGUAUCGGCUGGCUCGAUCUCUCGACGCCCCCAUCACGAGACAUCAACGUCGUCGGCGCAAGCAUGGGCGGCAUGAUCUCCCAGGAACUCGCGAUGCUCAUCCCCGACCGACUGGCCAGCUUGACGCUCUGCUGCACCGCACCACGGGUCGAACGGACGGCUCCGUUCUUGGAGAAUCUGCGCGAGCGCGCAGAGAUGUUCAUCCCGCGCAACAUCGACCACGAAUUGAACCGGUUAGCGCGUUCGCUGUUUCCCGAUGAUUUCCUAGCUCAGCCUGACGACGAGUAUGAUGAUCCCGAGAAGAACUUCCCGACGAGGCGUGACCGGUUCGCGGCCGGCCGGUUGCGUAAGCUCGAGGAUACCGAAGGGUUCACGAAGAAGGGGUUCCUAAUGCAGAUUGUUGCGUGCAAUUUCCACCACAAGUCGGCGGCGCAGUUGAAGGAGCUGGGCGAUAAAGUCGGGAGGGAGAGGAUUGCAGUCCUGCAUGGGACGGUGGACCGGAUGUUGACAUUCCACCACGGCGAGCUGCUGAAUAAGGAGAUCGGCGAGGGGAUACUGUAUAAAGUGUGGGAGGGGAGUGGGCACAUGCUGCCAUGGGAGAAGGAGAGCGAAUUCAACCAGCUGGUGCAUGAGCUUGCGCAGCGAUGCAAUUAG